AUGCGAUCUGGAACAGAGACGAGCCUAAAGCUACGGAGAUUGCUCUACCUAAAGAUCUUUACAUUGGUUUAUCAAAUGCUGGCAAACUAUAUGGUACCGUUCGUGUUUAGAUUUAGGGAGGCCUAUAUUUUGGAAUCUCUUUUACUUAACUUUGGGUUCAACAUCUUAAUCGGAUCUUCGUAUUUCUCCUUUUUGUCGUUCUGGCACAUUGCCCGAGGCUAUGAUUUUAUUAAUCAAAUUAUAGAAGAGCACAUGAUCGGUCUAAGACCGCACUCAAUUUCUCACAUGUGGAAAAUUCACAUCAAUCUAGGUCGAACAGCGCGAAGGAUCAACGGAUAUUUUGAGUCACAGUUGUUGGUGUUGAGAUUGAACCACUUCUUGUUCAGUAUAAUAGACUUCUACAUGGUUUUUCUCUUCUUGAAUAGUGAGUGGGAUCCAUGGUAUUACUUUUAUUUUGGAGCCAUCUUGCACUUGAUACGCAUGUUGGACUUUUUCCUCAACGAUUAUAUACUUGAUUUAAUAGUCGAAUAUCAUAAUAUGCGCAAGGACUCAAUUACCGAAGGCACUAUGUCCAAAGAGGUGGAUAUUAAUAUUGUGGAAAAUAUGUUGAUAUAUUAA